AAACAUCUUGUAAAAUCUCUGUUUUUCUUUCUCUCUCUCUCUCUCUCUCUCUCUACAGAGUUUUCUUUCUCUCUAAGAAAAACAUUCUUUUAAAAAAAAUUCAGGGUUUAUAAGGUUUAAGUUUCAGAAGAGGUUUAUUAGAACGAGAGAUUUUUUUAUGUGCACCUUAAAAGUGGCAAACCAGGAAGAUAACGUUGGUAAAAAAGCCGAGCCGACCACUCGAGAAGAUGAUCACCGGACGUUAUCAGACAUGGAUCAAUGGUUUUACUUAUUCCCGGCCGAAGACAGCCACCUCCACCGUGAUAACGCUCUUACGCCUCCACCAUCGUCUCUUAUGCCCAGUUUUAGCAGAGAGAUGGAGAUGUCUGCGAUCGUCUCUGCUUUGACACAUGUCGUCUCUGGAAAUGUUCCUCCUCAUCAACUCGUUGGCCGUGGAGAGGGUACUUCGAAUUCCUCCUCGUCCUCCGGGCAGAAGAGGAGGAGGGAGGUUGAGGAAGGUGGCGGUGGCGGUGGAGGUAAAGCAGUCAAGGCAGCUAAUACUUUGACGGUUGAUCAAUAUUUCUCAGGCGGUAAUUCUAGUUCAGGAGUGAGAGAAGCUUCGAGCAACAUGUCAGGUUCAGGCCCAACAUAUGAGUACACAACUACAAUAAACACUAACACCGAAACGUCGUCGUCGUUAAAUGGGGACCAACAACCUCGAAGAAGAUACAGGGGAGUGAGACAAAGACCGUGGGGAAAAUGGGCGGCUGAGAUUCGAGAUCCUUUCAAAGCUGCUAGAGUUUGGCUCGGUACGUUCGACAACGCUGAAUCAGCUGCAAGAGCUUACGAUGAAGCUGCUCUUCGGUUCAGAGGCAACAAAGCCAAACUCAACUUCCCUGAAAACGUCAAACUCGUUAGACCCGCUCCAACACAAUCUGUGCUGCAAACAACCGCUGUUCAGACACCAACACAGUUCAGGAAAUCAAGUUCUACAAGUACCCUUUUGCCCCUAAGACCUGCCGUUGACUCUCAGCCGUUGAUGCAACCGUAUAACUUGAGUUACUCAGAGAUGGCUUGCCAUCAACAUCAGUUUCAGCAACAUAAUCAUCAACAAACUAUGGAUUUAUACGAUCAAAUGUCGUUUCCGUUGCGUUUUGGUUACACCGGAGACUCAAUGAUGCAAUCCACUUCGUCAUCAUCUUCUCAUUCUCGUCCUCUGUUUUCUCCAGCAGCGGUUCAACCUAGCGAAACUGGUUAUCUCCAGGACAUACAAUGGUCACCAGACAAGACAAGUAAUCAUAAUUACAAUAAUAGUUCAUCCUCCUAAUGGAAUUGCUUCAUUUCCUUUUCUUUUAACUAUAUAGAGCUAAAUAGAAAAGAGUAUGAUCAUUGCUUGUUGUAGGGUUUAGGU